CAAAAAAAAAAAAGGAAUAUGACAGCACCUACAAUCAAGAUCCAUGGAUUACAAGCCCUUGUGCAACUAUGUGAGAUCUGAGCAGUACCUGCACUAUUGUGCAGCCAAGGCCGUCAUCCAGGAGUGUAAAAAUACCUACACUAAGCUGCUUAUGUGAUCUUCUUGGCCUUCUCUCCCAGUUCACUCCCCUCCCCCCGGUGGAACAUGUCACCCGUUCUCUCACAUUUACCCAGUACGUUAUAUCAAUGUAAAUAAAAAGCUUCACACAUACAUGGACGUAAAGAUUUACUGCUGAGACGGUAAAAGUAACACCUUCCAUUGACAAUGGCAGUUUUAAAAGUGACAUUUACAAAGACAAACAGAGACAAACUGGCCCAGGUUUUAUGGGUGCUAAAUUGGGUGUCUGUGGUCACGGGAGUCACACUCUUCAGCCUGGGCUUAUUCUUAAAGGUGGAGAUCGAGAAGAGGCGGGAGCUGAUGUCAAAAGAGAUCGACUCUGUGCCAAACAUGCUUAUAUGUGUUGGCCUGACUGCCUGUGCGAUCAACUUCCUGGGGGGCAAAAUCUGCUAUGACUGUGUGGACACCACCAAGUUCCUGCGAUGGAAGUUGCUGAUGCUGCCUUACAUCAUAUGUACCUUUUUCUUUACGUUCUGCAUCCUCGUGGGCGCCCUGAUGUGCUAUAGCAUGCGCAACGAUCUAGAAGAGUCGCUGUUUUUAGGCCUUCGUGACGCCAUGCGCUAUUAUAAGGACACGGACACGCCGGGUCGCUGCUACAUUAAACGCACAAUGGACAUGCUGCAAAUGUACUUUCAGUGCUGCGGAAAUGGAGGGCAUCGGGACUGGUUUCACAUUCAGUGGAUUAGUAACCGCUACCUGGAUAUGACCAAUAGCGAAGUGGUGGAGCGGCUGCGGAGUAACGUGGAGGGGAAGUUUCUCAUCGACGGAGUGCCGUUCAGCUGCUGUGGUCUGCAUUCUCCUCGGCCCUGUAUUCAGCAUCAAAUCACCAACAACUCAGCGCACUAUCAUUAUGACUAUCAGAAGGAGGAGCUGAACCUGAACCGAAGGGGUUGCAGACAGGCUCUGCUUGAGCAUUACACACAGAUAAUGCAGUCCAUUGGCUUAAUCGUUCUCAUCAUUUGGCUUUUUGAGGUAUCUGUCCUGACAGGAGUGCGUUAUCUUCAAACAGCCAUGGAGAAUGUGCUAAGGUUAGGGGACCCUGACUCGGAGUCUGAUGGCUGGCUUCUGGAGAACAGCAUUGCAGACACUGCACGUUAUAACUUUAACAUCAUCAAGAACCUUGGCAAAUGCUACCAGGUAGAUGAUGAUCCCAACAUAGAUGUACCAAGCAACAGCCAGCAAGCACAAGAGAUCGUGCCCAUUAAGGAAAUCCCUGUCGCCAGGUAGAACUAGAGACAUUGGAUAUUGAGACUUACCCAGCCAUUCAACAAUGGCAGCCUUGGAGAGGCAGAUCCAGCUCUGCAUUGCAAGCCUUUGAUUCUUUACUUGAUUUGCACAAAGAGGGAAAAAAUUAAGAAUGAACUGUAACAGAAAAACACUUCAUUUUGGAUGCUGAAAAGGCACUUAAUUGGCUUUAUGCACAGCUGCACUACUUCCUGAACUUAAGCCAGCUCCUUGUUUCCUGUCUGCAAUUAUUGG